GGUGGAGCGUGAUCCGACUGCAAAUCCAACGGUUAAAACAAAUAGCUUCUUGUUAGCCAGGCCAGUAGUGCUUCCCCUAUAAACCCUCGUCCCUCAACUCUCAACCCAUUUUAACCUAAGAUCGCCGAUUCCCUCCUCUCGUUUCGCGGUUCCAUUAUUCGACGCAUUCCAAUGGCUUUGCCGGACCAGAAGACUGUUGAUUAUCCGAGUUUCAAGCUUGUUAUUGUUGGUGAUGGUGGCACUGGAAAAACAACUUUUGUGAAAAGACAUAUCACUGGGGAGUUCGAAAAGAAAUACGAACCAACCAUUGGCGUGGAAGUGCACCCUUUGGACUUCUUCACAAACUGCGGAAAGAUUAGAUUUUACUGCUGGGACACUGCUGGGCAGGAGAAGUUCGGUGGUUUACGGGAUGGCUACUACAUACAUGGGCAAUGUGCAAUCAUCAUGUUUGAUGUUACUGCCAGAUUGACAUACAAAAAUGUCCCCACAUGGCACCGUGAUCUUUGCAGGGUGUGUGAGAAUAUUCCAAUUGUUCUUUGUGGAAACAAGGUUGAUGUGAAAAACAGGCAGGUGAAGGCCAAGCAAGUCACAUUCCACAGGAAGAAGAACCUACAGUACUAUGAAAUAUCUGCGAAGAGUAACUACAACUUUGAAAAACCAUUCCUGUACUUGGCCAGGAAGUUAGCUGGGGAUGCUAACAUUCAUUUUGUGGAGUCUCCAGCUCUGGCUCCUCCUGAAGUACACAUUGAUUUGGCUGCCCAGCAACAGCAUGAAGCUGAAUUGGCAGCAGCUGCCAGUCAACCUCUUCCCGAUGAUGACGAUGACGCUUUUGAGUAAAAAUGGUCGAUCAUCUUGUGAUGAUGCCGUUUGCAUAUCUAUUUUCUCCUGUUCCCCGGAGUGAGAUUUUUUUUUCUUCUCCUUGCUAGGAUUAACAGAAGAGAGGAGACUAUGUAGGCAGAGAGUAUGGCUGAGGAUUGAAACUUGAAUUUUGAAAACGUUAGUUUUCCUCCGGGAUGAAAGAAAUUUGUGGUGUAGAUGGUUGGUUUCUAGAGCCGCAUGACCUCCUAUGAAAGUUCAUUAUGCAGAAUUUCUCUAUCUGAUCUGUGUUUGUUUUUUACUCUUUUCAUCUUUUGGGGUUAUGUUUUUACUCUAUUUGAGGUGUGUGGCUUAUCUCAGCUUAAUUCUUAGACCCCAUAAUUGAUUGGA